AUGUCUGCAACUGAUUCAUCACAAGCUCCUUCUUCUCUUUCAUCUACUUCCAAUCAUGUAGUCUCAUCAUCAUCCAUGAGUGGUUCUGUUCAACAUCGUGUAGCUUCUUCUCAUCCUACCUCGGAAGAAGAUCCCAUUCAACCUACCCGUUCAUCCAUGUCAUCUUCCGAUAUAACGGGCGAUCACAACAACAUUGCUCAUCAUCAUCACGACCCAGAACAAACCAUACCUAUUUUAAAUCAUCAUGAUAAUCUUUUAAAUCCCUCUUCGGGAAAAGCGGUAAAGGCUUUUUCAAUGAGUUGGUUAGAACGAAUUUCAAAUUCGUGGUGUUGUCAAAUUGUACCGAGAAUUGGAAGAAAUUUACUGAGGAAGUGCUUUGGAGUGAAAUCAUUGACCAAAGUUCCGUUUUUGGAACGAUUUGUAUUUCCUUAUCAGAAAAUAAUUGUAAUUUCUUUUUUAUGUCUAUUGAGUUUUUGGAUCUUGUAUGCAAUCAUGAUGAGUGGAGGACCAAAAUCACUUUAUGCAAUUUAUAGAAAUGAUAAAAAGAAUUCGAGAUUGGUGGGAUAUGUCGUACAAACAAAUACGAACCCAUCAUUUUAUUUGAGAGUUUUGAAUCCGAAUAGAGAUGUAGGAUUUUCGAAACAUUUGGUUGAAUAUGGAAAUUGGGAAACAGCGACUGAAGAAUUAUUUGGAAUGUUGAUUGCUAGUUUUAAAGAAGAGUCAAAAAAAACACGAAAACGAUGUCUCGUUGUGGACAUUGGAGCGUUUGCAGGAUUUUACACAAUUCUGCCUGCAUUACAUGGUUGUCGAGUCAUUGCAUACGAAAUUCAGCCACAAAUGGCAGGAAUUGUAAUGAGCUCAGCAUCUUUGAAUGAUAUCGACAAAUUAGUGACUGUGAAAAAUCUAGCUGUGUGGAAAGAAGCUGGCACCCGAAUUGAAUACUCGAAGAAAUAUGUCGCUGACUUGACGAAUGUUGUCACUGCACCAUUUGACACCGAUGAAACUACUCCUGACUCUGUGGAGACGAUAACUCUUGAUGAGGAUUACUUCUCAACCGAUACACAUAUUAAUUUAUUGAAAGUAGACGUUUCGAAAAAAACAGACGAUAUUUUCUUGGGAGCUUUAAGAACGCUAUCCUACAUGAUUGACAAUAUUAUUGUAGAGUUAACUGCGGAUGAUGCACCAUCCAUUCGUCACAUUUUAGACUCCUUCUUUGAUAAGGUGGUGAUUUUGGAAGACAGCAAGGGAUUGGCAAGCUUCUUUUUCAAGUCCUCAACUCCAAAGAUUUUCGUUGGAGAGAAGAUAUCAGUGGAUGACAUUGUAUCACACCUUCGAACGACUGGUAAACGCAAUGUUUGGUUUUCAAAGACCUCUAAAACAAUUCCAUACUAUGGAGUGUGA